AAAAGCCCAACAAGAGCCCAAGAAAAGUAGUCAGAACCCUCCGAAGCUUCUGGAGAACCCGCGAAAGCCGCAUCGAUCCUUGUCUCUUUCUGUUCUCAGGGUCGAACUCCCGCCGCCCAAAGUAAACUAGUUCAAAAUUUUCGCCCUCAAAUCCCCAAAUUUAUCGCAAACCUCAAUUUAGCAUCACCUACAUUUGAUUCUUCAAUCGACCCCCUCGUUUGCCCCAGUUCUUCGGGGAAUUCUUUCUUUUGGGGGAAAUUUUCGCUUUUUCUGGGGUUUCAGUCAAUGGCGACGGAGGGCGAGGUCGUUGAGAAGCAGUCCUCCUACACGUAUUGGGUGAGGACGGCGACGGAGGAAGCAGCUCCGCUUCCGACGCCGAGGAAGCUGACGGCGGAGGAUAUCUCGAAGCGAUCGCUGACCAAUAGCAAUUCGCUUGGAUCCGUUUGGAAUCAGGCUGGAACAUGGGAGGAAAGGAAUCUUAAUACAUGGGCAAGCAAUAGAAUCAAGGAGCUCCUAAGCUCGUUAGGAACAUUGGAGCUAUCUAGUGGCAAGGCAACUAUUGAUGAAGUGUCCAAAUGCUCUGGAGAUGUAAGUGCAACUUUUCUUAUCAUCCAUGAUCCGCCUCAGGGAUAAAUCUUUCUUUCAAACAUGAAAAAGUUUUUGUCAGAAAACAAAGAGCGUAAGUAGUUGUUUUGCCAAAAUUUUGUAGAGCACAUUUAGUAUACAUAAAAAGUCUCAUGAUCCUUGGCAUUUGCCCUGGGCUUUUUAUGAC